GGAAAAAUGACAAAAGAAAGAUGAAUAUCACCAACUAAUACACAGCAAAUUGCAAAUAAUCAAACCAAUUUCAAAAUUUUAAUAUCCGAAUAUAAUUUCAUGUAAGCAACUUCCAUUUAAGAAUAAAUUUUAUUUAAGACUUUAAAAGACUUCUACUACUACAUAAACCAAAUGGAAUCAAAUUAACUAAGUAAACUAAUUAUCAAUAACCAUAAUUAUGGAGCAAGAACAAAAACCACAGCUUCCUCAAGAAGAUGAGCAACCACCUUCAGCUGAAGAUCAAAAAAUGGUGGUUGUCGGCGACAAAGAUGAUCAAAAUCCUGUCGUCGAUGACGAAAACAAAGAAAAAGUAGAUGAACCGGUAACACUUGCUCAAGAUGAAUUAGGUGAUCAGCCACCGGAUCCUCAACAAAUGAAAUAUUAUGAUCAUGUUUUAUCACGCCGUGAAAAUAACGGAUUAGUUUAUGCAUGUUGUUUUGCAUUGUGCUGUUGCUUUUGCUGCUUUGAAACCUGCGAGUGUAUCUUUGAAAUCCUUUGCUGUUGCUGCUAAUUAAGUUGAAGCUUAAUUCAUCCAAUAAACCAUCCCAAUGUUUUUCAUUCUACAGUACGCUCAUACUCUUUGUGAAUGUAUGUACAUGUAUCCAUUUAAGAUUCUCCAUGUGUCGUAUAUAUUUCUAUUUGUGUUCAGUAUUUUCUGGGCUUGUUCUUGAAAUUUUAAAAAUCAGUCAUUAUUUCAACAAAAAUAAGUUCUAUCUAGUAGUCUGUGUAUUAAGAACAUCGUAUUGGUUGUUUUGAAAAGUUAAAUAAGAGUAAUACCUUUAUUUCUGUGAAAGUUUUCCGCACCUAUUAUCAAUUAUAUCAUAUCAUCAUAUCAUACAAUAUAAUAAAAAGACCGGAAGAUUUUGCGUGUCAUCUUUAUAGAGCAUAUUAAAUGGAUUCAUACAAUAUAAUAAAAAGACUGAAAAAUUCUACACGCUAUCUUUAUAGAGCCCUGUUAGAUGAAACAAUUUUAUUGGUUGAUCUUGGCUUACCUGACAAAUAAAAUGAAACA